UUCAACCUUUCCAAAUUAUUCAGCUCAAGGUCAAAAAACACUGAGAAGACACCACUGCUGAAGGUUUCCUCAGAGGAAAAUGGGUUGCAGUGCAUGGCUCUUCAUAAUCCAGAUUUUACCACAGAUGAUGAUUCAUGGGACAACAGCUCUGCAGAAUUUGAGCAAAGGUUUCAACUGGGAAGUGAAAUGACAAGUUUGUCCAGAUCUGCUUCUUCUGAGAAAUAUGAAAUCUUGGACAACCUUCAUGUCAAAUUCAAUUUAUCAAAAAUAAGGUGCUGUCUAAAAUUCCUAAAAGUUUCAGGCCUUUUUGUCUUUGUAGUUGUCUGCUCUAUUUUAUUUUGCACUUAUCCAGAUCAAGGUGUGUCCUGGCAGAUGUUGGCUGUAUCACCUCUGGAAAGCUUCUCUAUGAAUCUGACUGAUUUUCGUGAUGCUGCUCUGUUGAAAUUAGACAUAGGAGGCCCAUUUGUAGCAGAUGUAGUUGAUCAGCAAACAGAUGAGUAUGUUGUAGUACAAAUCAGCCAGACUGAAGAUGUUGGAUCAAGGAGGAGACACCAGCAGCAGGUGGUAUACAACUGGACUCUACCCUUAAGUUCAAGAAGAAAUCAGCAAAUCAUCACAACUAGAACCUUUCAGAUACUGAACAGAGGCACCAUCUUCAUAAACAUUCAAGCUUUCCUACAGGAACCUGGAAGUGUUCCUCUAUCCAUGAAGCAUCAGUACCUUCAUGCAAAUAUAGAGGCACAAGUAACAGUUGCGUCCAUCAUCUUAGUAGGUGUCUACGUGCUGAUCAUACUGGAAAUUGUCCACAGGACCCUUGCAGCCAUGCUGGGCUCUUUGGCAGCGUUAGCCACCUUAGCUACUGUUGGGGAGAGGCCAAGUAUGGUCACAGUGGUGGAGUGGAUUGAUUACGAGACACUGGCGCUGCUGUUUGGAAUGAUGGUUUUGGUGGCUAUAUUUUCAGAGACUGGAUUCUUUGACUACUGUGCAGUAAAGGCUUAUCGAUUCUCUAGGGGCAAGGUGUGGGCCAUGAUUACGCUUCUGUGCCUCAUUGCUGCAAUUCUUUCUGCGUUUUUGGACAACGUUACCACUAUGCUACUCUUUACUCCAGUAACCAUAAGGCUCUGCGAAGUACUUAACCUUGAUCCUAGGCAUGUCCUAAUUGCAGAAGUAAUCUUCACAAAUAUUGGGGGGGCUGCCACAGCUGUUGGGGAUCCUCCAAAUGUGAUUAUUGUUUCAAAGCAGGAGCUGAGAAAGAAGGUAGGUAUUGCAAGCUGCUCGGCUACUAAAAUUAAAUACUGA